AGAAACGAGAUGGAUCGAGAUGGAGAGCAAGAGUUCAUCCAUGGCGAAACCCUAACCAAAGCCCCAUCGGAUCCGCUCUCCUCCUCCUCCUCCUCCUCCUCCUCCAACGCCCUCCUUGAUCUCUCCUUCGACGCCGACGAGCUCCUUGACCUUGCUGCCCGUGGCCAGUGGCGCUCCCUCGCUGACAACCUCUCUCGCUCCCGUUCCGUCCCGCCGCACGUCCACCUCUCCCAUCUCGCCUUCCAUGCUCUCUCCCUUCACAAGCUUCGACGCUUUCCUGACUCCCUCCGCGUCCUCCAAUCCCUGAUCGCCGGAGUUGAUGCUGGCGAUGGUGAUCCCUUCGAUUCCCAGCAAUUCCGGUACGAAUCUUACCCUGAUGUAUAUCCUGGUCGUUCUGGUUCCAUGCUGCCAUUUGCCGUCCGGUACCUUCAUGCUGACCUCCCCCAGCGCCUCGGCGAUCGUUCGCAGUCCCUUGAUCGUCUUUACUCCCUCCUCGACUUCGUUCGUCAACGCAUAGCCGCCUCCGGCGGUGACCACUGGCGUCGCCGAGAAGCCUUCAUUGUCUCUUCCCUUUGUUGCAACCACUUCUCCCAUCGUGAGUUCGACGUCGCCCUAGCCCUCCUCCGCGAGCUCCUCGAGCGAGAUCCCUCCGAUCCCGUCCUUUUGUCAAAGCUCGGUCACGUCCAGCUCCAGAUCGGGGACCUGGACGGUGCCCGUGCGACGUUUGUACGCGUGGAGAAGCUCGUGAAGGGACACGGGGUGGAGCUUGAGAAUCUCGCAGGGAGGAAUCGCGCGUUAGAGCAUCUGGUGAACAAGGAUUACACAUCAGCGGUGAGGGAGUACGACGAGUGCAUUGAGAGGGAUCCGGCCGACGUUGUGGCGCUGAACAACAAAGCAUUGUGCUUGCUGUACUCGCGUGACCUCUCAGAUUCGAUCAAAGUGCUGGAAGGGGCGCUGGAGAGAGUGCCCACGGCGGCGGUGAAGGAGACUCUGGUUGUGAACUUGUGCAGCAUGUAUGAACUGGCGUAUGUGAAUCAUGGGGAGGUGAAGAAGAGCCUUAAUAACUGGAUUGCUAGGGUUGCGCCAGAUGAUUUUGAUCCUUCUUGCACCCGCAUUUGAAUCCAGAACAUCUCCCAAUCAUGAUGAAACCGAGCAUUGCCAGCAACAUUGAGGAUCAUUCAUUCUUUGUUAUUUAAGAUGCUACAGAUUCAUGAAUUUUGUAUGAGAUAUCAUGUAAAUUGACCCCAAUCUUCGAAAUACCCUUCGUCGGUUAUUAAAAAUUCUUCACAGUUUA